AAACCUCUGCGCUACCGUAGUUGAUUUGCAGGCGCGUAUCUCGGAUCUCCUGGUCCUGGCUACGAAUGCUAAGCUAGUGUCAGCUAAAGUCUUUUAAAUCUAAAGUACCUGAGCCUGUUUCCUUUUUCUUUUUAAUGGAGAGUGUCAAUGCUAAAUACGUGUCCCAGAAAAUCAGUAAAACCAGAUGGAAACCAGUAUCACAUUCGACUCUGCAGCAGCCGGACAUCUUUGCGACCGGCUCGUGGGACAAUGAGAACAACAAGCUAUCCCUCUGGUCCAUUGGGAACCAUGGAAGUCCUGGCAUGGAUGAUGGUUUUGAAGGAGAACCACAGCUUUUAUGUGAACACAAGCAUGAUGGAGAUGUUCUAGACCUUCAGUUUUUGGAUCAAGACAGAAUCGUCACAGCAUCGUCGACUGGAGCCGUCAGCAUCUACCGCCACCACCCAAACAGUCAGACAAUAUCUGUUUCUCAGCACUGGGCGAGAACACAUCGCUACCCAUGUGACAACGCCCCCUGUACUGGUGUGGUGUGCAGCAGCCCCGAGAUCGUCUCGGUCGGUGAAGACGGCAGGAUCAUCGUCUUCAGAGCCGACCAGGAAGGAGUGAUUCGAACCAUAGAAAACGCAGACAGCAGCACGAUUCACGCUGUGACGUACCUGAGGACAACAGAGAUUUUGACAGUGAACUCUAUCGGCCAACUCAAGCUGUGGGAUUUUAGACAACAGAGCAACUCACCAUCACAGAUUCUCUCCCUGUCAGGAGAUAGAGUUCCUCUACACUGUGUGGACAGACAUCCAAACCAGCAGCACAUUGUGGCCACAGGAGGCCAGGACGGCAUGCUCUGUGUCUGGGAUGUGAGACAAGGCAACGCUCCCUUCUCACUCAUGGAGGCACACUCUGCUGAAAUGUGGGAGGUCCACUUCCACCCAACCAACCCAGACCAUCUGUUCACCUGCUCAGAGGACGGCUCGCUGCUGCACUGGGAAACAUCCUCACCUUCAGACAUGCCCUCCUUCCUACAAGGUGGCAGGAACAACAGUAUGGUGUCUCGCAGUGCGAUGGCUCCAGCUGGAGGCAACCAGUCGCUCAUCAGCGCCUGGUUGAGCGGAGACACCAGUAAAGCCCGCCUGGAAACCACUCACAUGCUGCCCAGCCAGACGCUGUCGGUCAACAGCAUGGACGUGCUUGGACAGUGUCUCGUCUGUGGGACUGACGAAGAGGCUAUUUUUGUCAACAGACAGAUCCCAGUUUGAAAGAGUUAUAUGGUCAAAAAUGUGUAUUUACUCUCUCAGUGUAAUUUUUUUUCUGUUAUGUUUCUUACAUGUUUGUUUUUGUUUGUUCAUGCAUCCAAGGAUCAUCUUCACUCAAGGACUUUGUAAACCAUUCCCAGCAGAGUAUUUUAAUUCAGCAGUACUUUUCAUAUGGAUGUGUGUUAAUGUUUUGAAAUAAAUAAAAAGCACUAAACGACAAA